AUGACUGCGCCUCCAAGCUUCCCAUGGCAUCCGAUCCCGUCCGGAGGGGCAACAUGCAAAGUACACCUCAUACAGGCCGGCGGGCUCACCAUACCACAAGACAUGGCGUUACUGCCGGGUCCAGACAAGCCAAACGGCUCUGUAAACGAGGACAAGGAAGACAACAAGCCUAAGAAGUUCUACGCCCCUGAUUACGUCUUCCUGAUCGAGCAGACGGCGACAGGAGAGAAUUACUUCUUCGACCUAGGCAUUCGCAAGGAUCUGGAGAAUCUCCCACCUACGAUUGUCAAGAAUGUGCUGCCGCAAUUUGACUGCGAACCAAAAUCACCAGCGGAGAUCCUGAAAGAGCACGGGACGGCCGAGCAACAGCCAGAGAAGGUCAAGGCCGUCAUCUUCUCGCAUAUGCACUUUGAUCACGUUGGCGACGGGGCGAAGGCUGGUUUUGAGAACGCAGAGCUGUGGGUUGGACCCACGUGCUGUACCUAUGCGAGGCCGGGAUAUCCGGUCGAGGAGAAGGCGCCAACGUUGAGCGAAACCCUGCCCACAGAUGGGAGCAGGAAGAUCGUGGAGGCGUUCGUGCCGGACGAGCUUUUGAAGAAAGCAGGAGACAAGAGAGCUGGCAAGAUCAUGGAUGGGCUGCAGAAGGGCUUGUACAACGCGGUUGCCCUGAAGAAAGCAGAGUGGUUUGGUCUUGGGUCGUUCGACCGUGCAUUUGACGUCUUUGGUGACGGCUCAGCCUACCUCAUCGAUGCACCCGGCCACUCCGCAGGGCACCAGAUGAUGCUGCUCCGGACGACAAGUGGCCCCUCCGGCGACACGUUCGUUCUUCUUGCUGGUGACUGCUUCCACCACCCUACGCUCUUGAGGGAGCCAAGAAGAACUGCGCGUCCGCCUUGCUCGAAAGGUGGGAUGCACACCGAUCCUGACACAGCUCUCGAUACCAUCUACCGCACGAGGGAGUUUGCGGAGAAAGACAACAUUUGGGUUGUUGCAGCCCAUGAUUUUAGUGUUGGCGAAAGCAUCGAGCCAGGCGUGAAGGAGAUCGAAGGACUAGUUGCGCUCAAUGACUGGCGGGAGAAGAAGUGGAAGAAGCCGUUAGACGAGACGUCAUAG